GAGUUGUAGUUCUUGUUAUUUCUUUACUCUUCCCGGCUUGUGUUUUGUUCGGCAAUGGUUCGGCAGAUGUUGUACACGUGGAGUGUUGCGUUGUGAUCCUCGCUGUUUCAUUCCCUUCCUGCUGAUGUGGAAUAUGUGUGCGACGUGAUACCGGAGUGGACGUUUCGUGAAGCAUUCCACCCCGACGCUGCCAAUGUGUCAGUGCGUUGGAUACCUGUUUCCACUCCUAGCCAUAUCUAUUCAGGGCCCAUAGGUGGACACGCCUCCAAAGACACACGCAAGUCCCAUUGGAAUUGUGGCAGAAAGGGCCAAACUGACAGUUACGUGUGGCCUAUAGUAAAAUAUCGUUAUGGCAAAUGCCAAGAAGGAGAUCACCCUCUCCUUACCCGAUACUAUGGUGACGGACCAAAUCAAGUCCGGUACCCAACAGACACUCAAGUAUGCGUCAUUGGUGACGCUGACCGCGCAGAAUGCUGCGCUCAACUUGACGAUGCGCAUGGCUCGAACCCAGAAGGACCUGUUCAUCGCGAGUACCGCCGUCGUAAUGGCAGAGCUCAUCAAGCUAGUCACCUGCCUGGCCAUGGUCCGUGCUGACGAGGGCACCACCUCCAAGUGGCUGGCCGCGCUGCACCGUACUGUGCUGCUACAGCCGCUCGACACCCUAAAGGUUGCUGUUCCUUCUCUCGUCUACAAUAUUCAAAAUAACCUUCUCUACGUCGGUGCCACUCAUUUAGAUGCUGCCACCUGCCAGGUGACAUACCAGUUGAAGAUCUUGACAACAGCCAUCUUCUCCCUGGUCCUCCUCAACAAGAAGAUCAGCCCAGUUCAGUGGGUGGCGCUUUUUGUGCUCUUCUCCGGAGUGGCCUUGGUUCAAGUGGCCCAGAUCGAUGCCCCAUCAACCAAUCCGUCUGGUCGCGAGCAGCGCCCUCUAUUUGGCUUCGUAGCCAUUGUGGUUGCCUGCUGUCUCUCUGGCUUUGCAGGGGUGUACUUUGAGCGCAUCCUCAAAGGGAGUGACAUCUCGGUCUGGAUGCGGAAUGUCCAGCUGAGCACGUUUGCCGUGCCGUUUGGUCUCCUGACGACGUUCCUCAGCGACGCGGACGACGUCCGGGAGAAAGGGUUCUUCUUCGGUUACGGACCCUUGAUUUGGAGCGUAAUUCUCCUCAACGCCGUAGGUGGGCUCCUGGUAGCCGUAGUGGUGAAAUAUGCGGACAACAUCCUGAAGGGUUUUGCGACAUCCCUGGCCAUUGUCGUUUCCUGUAUAGUAUCCAUGUACGCCUUCGAGUUUCAGCUGACUUGGAAGUUUGGUGCCGGAGCUGCACUAGUGAUGGCUUCGAUCUUCCUGUACAGCAAGCCGCAGGCGAUGGCAAAGGGUCCGGCUGCUCGGAAGGCGCGUGCUCCAUAGCUACCAAUGGCACGCUAGUGUUGGAGUCUGCAGGGUGUUCAUGUGACCCCCCUAACUGCCCUCCCCUUCUGUGUCCUAAUGGUCUGCGCCGUGUGGUGUGCUCUCGUCAGUCCCUUUGUUUCAUGGACAAUAUUCAUACGUAUUACUUCUGCUCUAUGCUUCAAACGAUAUUUGUAACACAUAUAUUGCCUUUAAAUUAUUGCUUGCAUAUAAAAGCUACAAGAAUGUGAAACGAGCUUGCCAUACUUCUCCCAUUUGUGUAUAAGUGGGGAAAGAGCAAUAGAAUGCCUAUGAAAUUACUCCUGCUGAAUCCUUGAGAAUGCUUUAUAAGUAAUGUUGUGUGUCCUUGAAUGUUUGCUCUAGAUAAAUUUGAAGAGCAUAUUUUUGAGCUUACUGAUUUAUUCAGAAAUUGAUACAUAUUUCCUGAAGACAUCACAGUUCGUGACACCUUUAGCAGACUAUUUGGUGGACCACAUAGUGUUUUAGGACAUAUAUACUAGACUUGGUACUUUCUGCAUUGGCACGACUGUGGUCACCUUGAGCAAAUGCAGUUCAGGUUCACAGAAGCCAUCGCAAAGCUUAGGCCACUUCGCUAAGAAAGUCAUUUUCCAAACCGACCUUCGCUAAAACGUAACAAGUCGGCAUUUUCCCUAAAACGUUACUUAUAAAACGUGGCUUUCUAAGAAGCCUCGAAAUCCAGGCCAGCUAAAUGGAUGAGGUCCGGGUACUUUCUGCUUUUGCACAACUGUGGUCAUCUUGAGCAAAUGCGGUUCAGGUUGCUUCAGAGUUUUUGCUUUGGAUAAGUGUGCGGACGUUAGGAUUAGGCAGCACGAUACCUGCAACAUACGUUUUCCUUUCAUUGCAACAGUAAAUAUAAAGAACUGUACCUCUGGCACACUUAUCAGGAUGGAAGUAUCUGAAGAGCUUGUAUAAAUAAGGAUUUUUUUGAGCAAGUGUUUUCUGGAUAUCCUCGUUCUUUUGUUUCUUACAAUAAAUUGUACAAGCCUGUGUGCAUUAAAUCUUGAUUGGCAGGCUGUG